AUUUUGCCUCAAGUUUUAUAAUUAUUUAAAUCAUUUUAAUAACAAUUAUUAGUAUUUUGUGAAACGAUUUCUCCUAUAAAUUGUGUUUUAAUAUUAAGUAAAAAAGAAAUUAAUGAAUGGAAAAGAGAUGACAAAAAAUGAAGCCAUGAAUGACACGAAUGGAUCGAUAAGUGAUCCAAAUUUGAAGAAAUGUGACACAGAAUCGCCGUUUCAGAGGAAUACAUCCGAUCGACGCUCAAGAGCUUCCAUACGACAAAUUGAGAGAAGAGUUUCCACAACUAGUGUCCAGUCGAGAGGUGGUUGGGGUAACAAAUGGGAGUUUCUGCUGAGUUGUGUUGGACUGAGUGUUGGAAUCGGCAAUGUUUGGAGGUUUCCAUACCUGGCCUAUCAAAAUGGCGGGGGUGCUUUUCUCAUACCAUACCUCAUA